UUCGGAAGCGGCGCUCUGAUUGGUCGCAACGCGGAGGGGACCGAUGGUAGGCAGGCGCUGAUUGGCUCCCGCGCUGUUCCCGCACGGAGCAGGGACACGCACCGGGGCCGGUGCCGCGGCCGGUGCCGGCGCCAUGGAGGAGGCGGGCUGCGGGGCGCAGUUCCGCGCCGCCGUUCAGGUUAUCCAGGGGCUGCCCCGGAGCGGCUCGUACCGACCCUCCUACGAGGAGAUGCUGCGUUUCUACAGCUACUACAAGCAGGCGACGGCGGGGCGCUGCGAGGGACCCAGGCCCGGCUUCUGGGACCCCAUCGGCCGGUACAAGUGGGAUGCCUGGCACAGCCUGGGGAGGAUGUCCAAGGAGGAGGCGAUGGAGGCUUAUGUGGCUGAGAUGAAGAAGGUGGCCCAGAAGGUCAUUGACACGGUGCCCAUGGAUGAGACGACAGAGGAGAUGUUCAGGUACUUCGAGCCGCUCUACGAGGUGAUCCACGACAUGCCCCGGCCCCCCGAGGCCUUCUUCAAGAGAAAAGGGGAGCCCAGCCAGGAGGUGCCCACAGAGCCCAGCCAGGAUGAGCCAGCGAGCAGCCCGGCCCCAGAGCACCACGAAGACACCCUGCCCAGGGAGCAGCAGAACGGGCAGCAUGUGCCAGGAGGGGCGCUGGCUCCUGCGGCCGCGGCGCUGGAGGGCACCCAGGCCACCAGCGACUCCGAGGGGGACGUGUACUGCGAUACCCUGGAGCAGAUGGAGCCUGAGCAGGCUGGGCAGCCCCUGGGGCUCUGCUUGAAUGGUGGCUGGGCCAGGCCUGAGCCCCUGAUGCCCCCCGGUGCUGGGCAGGGGGAGCAGGAUGAAGGCAGAAGACUAGAGGGGAGCAGCGGCGCUGGGCUUGCAGCCCCUGGCUCCAAGAGAGGUCUCCGUCUGGCCGGGGGGGAGCAGGACACCGAGAGCACCCCUGAGCUCAGCGCGGGGCUGCUGGUGGAGCUGGACGCCUGCGUGGCCAGCACGGUGCGAGCCCUGCAGGAUGACAUGCGGCGAGUGCUGGAGCGCCUGAGUGAGCUGGAGACACUCACCUCCGCGCAGGGGGACGCAGCUGGGACCGAGCCCAGCCAGCUGCUUGCUUUGCAGGCACCGUCCCCGUGGCCCCUGCCCGUCUCCCCACGCACCCUGCUCUUCCUCGUCACCUGGCCCUUCGUCACCCAGUGGCUGCUGCACCGCUGGCAGGGCAGGAAGAGGUGACCAUCGCAUCCCCACCGCCACCCCUGGCCCCGAGCGGGGCGCAGGACAGCCCUGCCGGGGUGCCAGCACCCUCCCUUCCCCAUCCUGCUUCGCUGAGCCAGGGAAGCACCACGGGAUCGACGGGGGCAUCGCCCGGCCCCGGGGCCUCCUGCGGGCCAGGACCCCGGCGCCAAGGGACAGCAGCCACCGCGCUCCACCGACUGCCACCGUCACGCUCAGGGCCUCGCCAGCACCGGCAUCCACAGGGAUCGGGGUGUGGGAUCAUCGCACGCCCCGGACAGGAUCUCAUCGCUGCCGCGCACAGACGGACCGGCUGCCCCCCGGCCCUCAGCCCCGGCGCUGGGCGGGCAGCAGGGGACGGCCCCGUCCCCGGUUCCAUGAAGUGCUCGGACACCCGAACCUGCCUCAAUUAAAGCUGCUUGUUCAGUCCA